AUGCCACACUCUCGUGUCGGAUGCCUCAACGGCCAGGACGAAGACGAGAAUGACAGCGAUGACGGCGAUGGCAACAACGCGACAACGAUGCUGCAUACAUCCACACCUCGACGCACCCGCCGAUCACCACGCUGGCACUGGCCGCCCAUCAUCUACACGGCCCUCUUCGCCCUUGUCGCCAUGCUGACCCUACCAACAGCGAUAGCAGCUGACCUUUCAAGCUUCGAGCGGCGCAUCCUCAGCCCCCGCGAGCUCUCCAAGCGCGCUUUGCCUGCGAGCGCAGCCGAUUUGCGCUCCUCACUUGCUCGCCGCCAAUCCUCGCCGGCUGCGCGCAUCAGCGAAGAGCACCGCUUCGAAGUCGGCAUGUCUCAACCAAAGACUUGCGCGCCCCUCGAUAUCACCUGGGAUCCUACAAAGGGCACUCCGCCCUUCACCCUCAUGGUAACCGCCGAGUUGUGGUUCCAAAUCGCCAUCGUCUCCAUUCCAGCCACGUAUGCCGAUCUGACGCUCCGUCGAUGGCUCUAUCAGGUCGACAUGCCCAGCUUCAAGAACGGACCCACAACCAAUCAGCCGGCCAUCGUGGCUACAAUCAUCGACUCAACGGGCAUGAUGGCCAACACAUCCACCUUCAUGCAGGUGGACAAUAGCGACGAGUCUUGCGAUCGGGCUGUGGGCACACCAGAGUUCGAGUCAUGGACCGACGGCGCGCCGGUGCAAUGUGGCCCUUGGAGUUUUGGCUGGAAUGUUUCGGGCAAGGGCUUCGUUGGGCCGUUGAACAAUUACGUCUUGCCAGAGAGGCAGCCUCCUAUCCUGUUGCCUUCGCCUUCGGAGAAGCAGCUCGUCAAUUCGGCAGAUGGAUCAGGGGGAUACACUUGGAAUGUGACGGUUCCGUACGGUACACUGUUGCUGUACACGAUGAUGGACGAGGGCAAUGGCAAAUCAGGAGGCGUUGGCGGUAGGAAUCAGGUGGCUCUCGAUCAGUACGUCGGCACUGCCUGUGUUUUCAACGAUCAAAUUGCUCUGCCUACCCCUGUCGCCACAGCUAAGACAAUGGCCAUCACACCCGACUAUACGACGCAGAUCACCACCACAUCCGACGGAAACGUCCUCACGGUUCCCUCAGUCGUGCACGGCAGCGGUCGUGGAAGCGACCUCGGUACGGGCGGCAUAGCCGGGAUCGCCGUAGGCGUUGCCGCCGCUGCCGCCCUCAUAAUCGCUCUUGUCUUCCUCGCCUUCUAUCGUCGGAACAAGAAGAGGCAAGAGACCUUAUGGGAAAUCCCUGGCGGGGGAAGCAACUACCCCUCUGGAAUGCCAGUGGACCGCAGGCUGGCAUCGAAGGGCAUGGCGGCUGCCGGUGCAGCGAGUGGAACUGGCGGGCGUGGUCAGUCUCUUCAUGGGUCGUUCCGCAGCUUUGGAGGAAGCAGUGCCAGCGGCGGUCAAGGUGGGGCAGCAACGACGUUCGAGCCUGCAAAUCUUUCUCCGGUCAGCAGCCCCCCGACUCCUUCGCAGAUGCACGGUCACCACUACAUGCCCUACUCGGACAAUUCUCCACAAUCGCGCUCUGGCUCCCCCUUUGAGGCCGGUCGAGCAGCUGGGAUUCACGGCAUGCCUUCCAGCGCAACGGCGUCGAGCAACGGGUCGUCGAACAACUCGUCGCAGCAGCACCAGCAACAGCAGCACUACCAACUCGCAAACGCUUAUCGAUCGGCGCUCAGCACCACCAACCCAACGGAGGUGGACGAGAGCCUCGAAGACGUUCCGCUCGCGGACAGGGUCUACUCUUCUGCAGCCGCCUCCUACGCUGCGGGUAGCGGGCAGGACAAGUUGGCAGCGGAGCGCUCACGCCCUGGGACGACUGUUCGAGGCGGCAGUACCCGACCGAGCAGGGAUGGCAGUCACCAUACGGCUGCUUCUACGCGCAGGAGAAGUGAGCGUAGUGGCAAUGGCGGGACGGGCACAUCGCGUCAUCAGCAGAUUGUGGUGCACUCCGACGCCGGCUUGCUGCUGGACGAUUCGUUGAGUGACGAUGAAAACGACGGGGGAGCGGGCAGGGAAGGGGAGAUGGUUGAGUUGCCUCCGGAGUAUAACUCCAUUCCUGCCAGGCAGCAUCGCGAGCGCGGGGAGGGGGGAACUCGCAGCGGAGGGUCCUCCUCACGAGGGGCGAGAAGUCUGCCUGGCACUGGCACGCAGGGCUCACAGCGUCUGCCGCCUGGGGGAGGCGACGGGCAGGACAUUAGCUCUGCCCUUCUCUACCAGCAGCAGCCUGAGAGGAGCAGAUUGGAUGAGCUCGCCGGAGGGGAUGAGGAUGACGAGGCUUUCUGGAGGAGAUAG